AAAGGACAUAGGGCGCUCUAUCUUCUGCGUUGCUUCUUUUUAACUUCUCUUUUUUUUUUGUUGGUAUCAACUUCACACUCGAUCACCCGACGCCGAUGCAUUGCUAGACCGGGGACAUAUAUCUACAGUACAGAUAUAAACAUGGAAGGAGCGAAGACUACACGAAGCUCCAUUGCCGAGGUGGUCACAGAGAGUAAUUCUUCGCCCAGUUCCUCUAACUCUUCAGCUUCAAUACACAACAAUGAUCGUGAGAGGUACCCUCCACCUGCCGCCAGGGUAGUGACCAAUAGGUCGUGUGUUGUCCCGUGGAGUAAGAGAAGGGGCAUGUUUGGGCAGCUAGCACUAGUGCCCGAGAUCGAAGACGCUAGGGAUUAUGGAAUGCUUAUCAAGUAUCUAAUCACCAUCCUUGUUGCGGCCGCUGGGUCAACUGCUCCGAUGGCGAGCACCAUAUUAAUUCGUAAGUUUCUUUCCUCUUUCCGGGAUUGGAAUUGCGCCCGAUGUGUCGGAUUUUAUCGUGUCCGCGUCUCCACUCACACUCGGGUUCGUAACUGUAGCCUACGGAAACACUGUUGCUAAUAUUUAUUGGCUUAGCUGCGCUAUCGGAGGUAUCUGCGAGCUUGCACUCAACCCAAGUCAAAGCGAACCUAUCAGUUUCCCUGUACAUGCUAUCAAUGGCGAUAUUCCCUCUCUGGUGGUCUUCCAUAUCAGAACGGAAGGGCAGGCGGACGGUGUACAUAACAUCAUUUUCCCUCUUCACUGUAUUUACAAUAUGCUGUGCAAUCUCGACCAACAUCAGCAUGCUGAUUGUGUUCCGUGUCGCCUCUGGCGCAGCAGCAAGCAGUGUUCAGGCGGUUGGUGCAGGAUCUGUUGCAGACAUUUGGCAGGUUAGUGAAAGGGGGAAGGCUAUGGGUUGGUUUUAUUUAGGCCCUCUGUAAGUACUCGGUUCAGCGUCUAGGGAUAAUGCACUGAAUAAACCAUCCAGCUGUGGGCCUCUCCUGGGACCGAUUCUGGGAGGAAUAUUGACUCAAGGGUUCGGAUGGAAGGGGACACAAUGGUUCUUGACAAUAUUUGGGCUUGUUCUGUUAUUGGGAAUGUUGUUUUGCCUCCCAGAGACGUUGCGAACCCAGGAUAGACCGAAGGAUGGACACGUGGAGCUACCCGACCUCAACGACGAUGAAUUGUCCACAGAAGAUGGGACUAUGGAACCUCCGGGACUGCAGCUAACUGCCUCCCGGGUCUCUAGAAGAACCUUAAAGAGGAGCAAACACUGGAUCAAGACUGCAAAGAUUAUCCUGGUCGAUCCUCUGAAAAGUCUGCUCUACUUACGCUUCCCCCCAGUAUUGCUAACUGUGAUAUAUGCUGGUGUGACUUUUGCAACCCUGGUAUUGCUUCAUCUCUCCCUUGUCUGAUUUCUCCGGGAAUGGCUAACGGGUAUAGUACAUGUUGAACAUCUCACUGCAAAUCGCCUAUUCUGGAGACCCAUACUACUACUCCCCACUCGUUGUUGGACUACUCUUCAUCCCUAAUUCACUUGGUUAUAUAACCGCGUCGGUGGCCGGUGGCCGCUGGUCCGACAGUAUAAUGCGACGAGCUGCAACAAAGCGACGGGCAGCUGCGGGGGGGGAUGAAAGCACUCCAUUGGAGUAUCGGCCGGAAGAUCGCAUGGGAGUCAACGCUUGGAUAGCGGCGAUUACGGUUCCAUCUACGUUGAUAUGCUAUGGCUGGAUUGUGAAGCAGGGGUACCAUUGGGCUGCCCCCUUGCCCUUUACCCUCAUCUUUGGAUUUGGGAGUAUGUUGGCGCUCGGAAUGGCUAUGACCAUGUUGACCGGUAUGCCUGUCCUGUAUCCAGCGUUGUGGGGUAUUAGCUGACGGACUGUAGAAUUUGUUCCCGGGCGAGCUAGUUCCGCUGUUGCGGUCAAUAAUUGUGAGUUUUUCUACUUUUCUUUUCUAGAAGUAUAAAAUCUUGAGGAUCGCUAACAUUUGGUUAUAGUUGUAAGAAAUAUCUUCGCCUGUAUUGGGGGCACCCUUACGGAGCCCAUCACAGAUGCGAUUGGGAGUGGCUGGCUAUUCACAAUACUCGGCAUACUUGCAUCAGUAUCUCUCGGCGUAAUAUGGGCGAUGCAUAGAGUAAAAACUCCCAUCGAAACACUCUAUGUGAUCUCCGCUAAUAUGCUCCUAGUACGGACCCAAAUGGAGAGCCGAACUUCACAAGUACAGUUUCAUGUGAUAAACGGAUCCACCAAUAUUCCCCCGCUCAUCUGGGAUAGACUCUUCCCGCUUUCCCUUUUCUUCACCUUUGAUACCUGUUUUUCUACGCUCUCACCUCAUCCAUUUUCGUGGCUUCGGGGCCCUCGUGUUCUCAGCACCCCUUCCCAAGUCAUUAUGCGGCGUUUGGAGUUGUAGUCUAUAUGAGUUUGCUUUUAUCCUUCGUCAUGCUUGGGCUAGAGGGAAAAAUCGCAUAAAAUAUGUGAGGCGGCAAAUGGCAAAAGAGUAAUAAUAUGAUUCCUCUAUUAACUUUC